GAAAUCAUUUAGCAACUGAACAUGGAUGGACGCAUAUUAUUUUCGAGCGUAUUGCACGCUUUAAAAUGUUAAAAUAGCAAUGGGUAAUUGUAUGUGCAAGCCUUCGUGUCGAGCAUGUCUAGGGAUAGAAUAUGAAAACGAUGUAGAAUCCGAUUCAGAUGACGAAACAGGGUCAGAAGAAGGGGAAAACGAAGGCACGGGCAAGUGUAGCGAUAGCGGACCCCGUGUAAGGUUUUAUUGCGAAAGAGCAGAAGUAGAAUUCACAGAGAGAAGAGAAAUUUCGAGACCGCGGCGGCAAGAUAUAGAUGAACUGGUCCAGCUUGCUGUGAACGAAGACAGAUUGGACGAAAUGUUAGGGGCAGACAUCGAUGAGGACUUUACAAAAGACGAGCUAGAGGAAUACUACACCAAGAGAGACGCGCUGGUUGGCGAAUACGCAGAUGAUGUCCUUGAGGCAGAGCUUGUCGUGCUCGGGAUCGAGGCGGACUCCGUCUAUAACAUAGCACAUGACUACAGACCCCUCGGCGCGCCAAGUGACGUGAUGCUGAGCACUUCGACGUCGUCGGUGUCUAGAUACAUUCAGCAUCUUCAAAGUCCAUCAGUUAUGGCGAGCUUCAUUCGAGCGACCACUUUCAUGCCGGACCGCGAAGGUUAUGAGCGAGACGCUCUAAAACCGCGCUUCGCAUUCGACUCUCGCUGUUCCCUCCGCGUCUCGUGGACGCCCGAAACAGACGCUGACAACACCAACAACCCGGAUGGGUGGGUCGUCAUAGAAAUGAUGAGAGUGGAUGCCAGGUCCGUCGAUCUACACUCGUGGGCAAGCAUUAGUCCUGAUUAUAGCUAUCUCUACGAUUACAGAUGCUGGAGUCUUACCAGUUUACUUCAAAAUAGCGAUACAAGUGUUGGAUACAUCGAGUCUGAACUCAGAACGGUUGAUCUUCAAGGCAGUUCAAGAUACUUUGAAAACAGCCCGAGAGUUCAUAAUGAGUACAGUCCUUGCCAAAGGCGCAUUUCUAGCGAUACGAGAAUCGAUUUUCAGAGGAACACAUCCGGUGAUCCACAUAUCUUGAAGAGAAGUCAUUCUAGUGCUGAUAUGAACAGAAACGCUAUGUCCAGGCAGAGCUGUCAUGGUGUCCGGGCAGCGAUUUCCCAUUUUGAUCACGAAGAUAUUGCUUCUUGCCAGAAAGCUGACACCACUAUCUCGAUAUCCGCGUGUUCAAGCUACACCUCUAUAGUUUUCUCCGCAUCCGUACGUCUGUCUGAUAACAGAGAAUCGCCGCACGACUCACUAGGGUCUGUCGCUCUUGCUUCUAACGAAUCAAUUGCUUAUCACAGGAGCGAGUCUAACGCUGAGAAAGAAUGAAGCGACGAUGCAGUUUCAUCAGACGACAUUCAGCGCAAAGCGUAGUGAGUAAUGAAAAAUAUGUUGUGGCUGUGAUGCCUCCACCGGAACCCUUCUUUGACUGCGCUAUGAAUUAUUGUUGCAUAGACAAGGUGGUUAAAGACGACAUGGCGAAAGAGGACGUGGUCAAAGUGGUUCCUAUUCACCCGAUUGUUGAAAAUUCGAGUUUGCCGGGUUGUGCAACAGAGGUCGCCAAUAAUAAGAAAUUCCAGUUUAAAGGCGCAUUUGCCCGACAUUUCACUACUGGACGUAACCCCGACCGCCAAGGCACAUACCGUGAUGUGAUCGAAGCUGAUGACAUGCCUGAUGCUUAUGUGGGAAAAAACAAAAGUAGAAGGUCUAAAAUAGGAAAAUUCAUCAGGAGAUUAUUUACAAGAUCACGGAAGAAAACCGAGCCUAGCAAGUCCUAGGGUAUUGGCGGUAAAUUUACUGCACGACCUUGCAAAUGAAAGGACAUUGUUUAAAUGACUUUUACUUUUAUAGAUACGUUUUUGCAUGUUUGUGUUUUAAGUCGUGUCAACGAUGACCCACUUGUGGUCCUGCUGCCGUCUGUUUGUUUAUGGUGAAUGCAUUAUUUUAUAAUAUGAGAAAACAAUCAAUAAAUGUAUACAUUUUUA